CAUUUUUCUCCAUUUAUGUUCUGGUCUCUGCAAAUUCGAACUCCAUUAAUGGCGGCUACAAUGUUUCCAUUCUUCCUAGCCCAUAAAGCCCCCAGCUUGCUUCAUUCCUCGUUCUUCUUGCAGUUUCUUUGCUUCAACUUACUUAUCGUUGCUGCAAUCCGAGACCCAGAGUUUGAUUUCGACCCUAUAGACAGAGCUUCACUUCUCAAGUUCAAGUCAGCAAUUAACGAUCCCAACCAAAUCUUAUCGACUUGGGUUGGUACCAUAUGCAGCAAUUGGACAGGAAUAACCUGUGAGAAUCGAACCCAUAAGGUGGUUUCCAUCAAUCUCAGCUCCUCCAACCUCUCUGGCCUGAUUCACCCGAGCUUAUGCGAGCUUUCCUCACUAGAAACAAUUAUUCUGUCUCGCAACAACUUCUCAGGUUCAAUCCCUUCGUGUUUUGGGAAUUUAAAAGCUCUGAAAACCCUAGAUCUUGCCCAUAAUCGGCUUCAAGGUGUUAUUCCAGAUGAGCUAAUGGAGCUUCAUCUUCUGGAGGAGCUUGUUCUGAGAGAAAACGAGGAGUUAGGAGGCUUAGUUCCUUCGUGGGUUGGGAAUUUUUCGUCCAAUCUUCAAAAACUCGAUCUUGGGUCGAAUUCGUUUGGUGGAGAGAUUCCUGAAAGCUUGUUAUACCUGAAAUCAUUGACACAUUUGGAUCUUUCCAACAAUCUCUUGUCCGGAACGCUCUUUGAUUUUCAUCAACCGUUGGUGUCUCUUAAUCUUGCUUCAAACGAGCUUUCGGGAACUCUUCCUUGCUUCUCUGCUUCAGUUGAUUCGCUCACAGUCCUCAAUCUCGCAAAUAACUCCAUUGUCGGAGGGAUUCCCACCUGCAUUUCAUCUCUGCGAGAUUUAAAGGUGCUUAAUCUAUCCUUCAAUAGCCUGAAAUAUGAGAUUUCGCCGAGAUUCAUAUUUUCGGAGAAGCUACUUGUUCUGGACCUGAGUUCCAACGAUUUCUCUGGUCUUCUACCGAGUAAAAUUGCAGCAACAACAGAAAAAUCUGGUCUAGUACUUCUUGACCUCUCGCACAAUCGAUUUUCAGGUGAAAUACCAGUGGGUAUUACAGAGUUGAAGAGCUUACAAGCGUUGUUUCUUUCACAUAAUCUGUUAACGGGAGAGAUUCCAGUGAGAAUUGGAAAUUUAACUUACUUACAAGCGAUUGAUUUGUCUUUCAAUUCUCUUUCGGGUUCGAUUCCUCUCAACAUUGUUGGGUGCUUUCAGCUUCUGCAACUGAAGCUCAACAGCAACAACCUCUCCGGCGAAAUCCAGCCGGAACUCGACGCAUUAGACAGCUUGAAGAUUUUGGAUAUCAGCAACAACAAGAUUUCAGGAGAGAUCCCACUCACCUUGGCUGGUUGUAAAUCGCUUGAGAUAGUUGAUUUAAGCUCUAACAAUCUCACUGGAGCACUAAACGAGGCCAUACUGAAAUGGUCCAAUCUCAGAUUCCUCUCUUUAGCUCAUAACAACUUCAAUGGCGCACUACCCAACUGGUUAUUCCCUUUUGAAUCUCUCCAAUUCCUUGAUUUCUCAUCCAACAACUUCUCGGGAUUCAUUCCAGAUGAGAACUUCAACGUUAGCUCUUACUUCAACAGUGGCGAAAGUGAAACAAUGCCUCCUCUGCAACAAAGCCUCGAAAUCAAUGUUUCUGUGAAUCUCCAAGGAAACCAUGAAUUGGGUUUUGAGUACAGACUUUUAUAUCAAGUGGGUAUAGAUUUUUCCGACAAUCUGAUAGGCGGCGAGAUUCCGACGGGUCUGUUUGGAUUGCGAGGACUACAGUACCUAAACCUAUCACACAACCUCCUUGUUGGUCAGAUUCCGGCGAAUCUUAGCAAUCUAUGGAGCUUAGAAACCUUGGAUUUAUCUCAUAAUUCGAUAUCUGGUCAAAUUCCGGCGAGCAUUUCGGAUCUGCGAAAUCUGCAACUGGUGAAUCUUUCUGAUAAUCGGCUCUCUGGGUUGGUUCCGGGUGAGAAGAAAUUCCCCGGGGCAUUCGCUGGAAACCCGGAGCUGUGUGUGAAUGAUAUGAACAGCGAAGGUUGCCGGUCGGCGAGAAAUUUCCCGGCGGCGUCAGGGGAGAUGUUCAAGGGAGAGAGGGAAAAGGGAUUGAUUUCAGGUGUGGUUUUUUGGGUGAGUGCUCUAGUUACAUUCUAUGCCAGUGUUUUUGCUUUCUUCUUGACACCUCGGGUGAGGAACUACAUUCUCCGGCCAUUGAGAGCUGAUUUUUGAACCAAACAGGCCCUUGGGGAUGUGGGACUUGAGAGUAGAGAAGAUGUCUAG